UUGAAUUAAGUGAAAAUGGCAAAAUCCCCAGAAGAAGAGCAUCCAAUUAAGGCAUUUGGAUGGGCAGCUAGAGACACUUCUGGGGUUCUUUCUCCUUUCAACUUCUCCAGAAGGACCACGGGGGAGAAAGAUGUGCAAUUCAAAAUCUUGUAUUGUGGAAUUUGCCACUCAGAUCUUCACUUCAUCAAGAAUGAUUGGGGAAUCACGAGAUAUCCCAUUGUACCCGGGCACGAAAUUGUUGGUGUGGUGACUGAAGUGGGUGCAAAAGCUGAGAAAUUUAAGAUUAGUGACAAAGUAGGUGUUGCAAGCCUAGUAGGGUCAUGUCAAAAAUGUGACAACUGCUUGAGUAACCUCGAACAAUAUUGUCCUAGCCACAUUGGAACAUAUAGUACAACUUACCAUGACGGAACCACCACAUACGGAGGUUUCUCCGAUUUCAUGGUCGUCAACGAGCAUUUCGCGGUCCGUUGGCCAGAGAAUUUGCCAAUGGAAGCUGCACCAUUGUUAUGUGCAGGGAUCACAACUUAUAGUCCAUUGAAAUAUUUUGGGCUUGACAAGCCUGGAAUGCACAUUGGUGUUGUGGGCCUUGGUGGGCUCGGCCAUAUGGCUGUGAAAUUUGCUAAGGCUUUUGGAGCUAAUGUGACAGUUAUUAGUACCUCUGUUGGUAAGAAAGAUGAAGCCAUUCAACAUCUUGGUGCUGAUAAGUUUUUACUUAGCAACAACACUGAGCAAAUCCAGGUGUGUAUAAUUCAGCCUUUUCUUUUUGUUGAAAGGAAAAAUGUCCAAUUUUACUCCUUGACCAUACAAAAUAUCUUAAGUUUUAACCCUCUGUUAUACUUUCCGCCGAUUCAUAUCCUUGAAGUUAGCAGUAUAGAUGGAUCUACAAUAAGUUAUGGGCACGUGAACCUAGUAACUUUUGUCUACACCUUGGAUGGCAUUAUUGAUACUGUUUCGGCAGUCCAUCCACUUUUGCCAUUGCUUGGUAUGUUAAAGACUAAUGGAAAGCUUGUUAUGGUUGGUGCAGUUGGAAAACCACUUGAAUUGCCAGUGCCUUCCUUACUUAUGGGAAGGAAGUUAGUUGCUGGGAGUUGCAUAGGAGGAAUGAAAGAGACUCAAGAAAUGCUAGAUUUUGCAUCAAAGCAUAACAUAACACCAGAUAUUGAAGUUGUCCCAAUGGACUAUGUCAAUACUGCCAUGGACCGCCUUCAUAAGUCCGAUGUGAAGUAUCGAUUUGUGCUCGAUAUUGGAAAAAAUUCUAGCCCUUCCAAAGUGUAUUGGCUUGAGACUUUGCCAUUGCUCAGUCUCAUUUUUCUAGGCAUUCUUAGUUUUAAUAUUUUACAUCUAGUAUCUUCUUUGUGUUAUAAUAUUGUUGAAUUAGGUAAAAUGGCAAAAUCCCCAGAAGAAGAGCAUCCAAUCAAGGCAUUUGGAUGGGCAGCUAGAGACACUUCUGGGGUUCUUUCUCCUUUCAACUUUUCAAGAAGGGCUACUGGGGAGAAAGAUGUGCAAUUCAAGAUCUUGUAUUGUGGAAUUUGCCACACAGAUCUUCACUAUCUCAAGAAUGAAUGGGGAGUCACCAGAUAUCCCGUUGUACCUGGGCACGAGAUUGUGGGCGUGGUGACAGAAGUUGGCAACAAAGUUGAGAAAUUUAAGAUUGGUGACAAAGUAGGUGUUGGUUGCCUAGUAGGAUCAUGUCAAAAAUGUGACAGUUGCUCAAAUGGUCUUGAAAAUUACUGUCCUAGACAAAUAAUGACAUAUGGUCAACUGUACCACGACGGCACAAUGACGUACGGUGGUUACUCCGAUUUCAUGGUCGUCGCUGAGCAUUUCGCGGUCCGUUGGCCGGAGAAUUUGCCAAUGGAAGCUGCACCAUUGUUAUGUGCUGGGAUUACAACUUAUAGCCCAUUGAAAUAUUUUGGGCUUGACAAGCCUGGAAUGCACAUUGGUGUUGUGGGCCUUGGUGGGCUUGGUCAUAUGGCUGUGAAAUUUGCUAAGGCUUUUGGAGCUAAUGUGACUGUGAUUAGUACUUCUCCUGGCAAGAAAGAUGAAGCCCUUCAACAUCUUGGUGUGGAUAAGUUUUUACUUAGCACCAACCCUGAGCAGAUUCAGGGUGCAAUGAGCACAUUGGAUGGAAUUAUUGAUACAGUUUCUGCAGUUCAUCCACUUUUGCCAUUGCUUGGCAUGUUAAAGCCUCAUGGAAAACUUGUUAUGGUUGGUGUAAUUCCAAAACCACUUGAAAUGCCAGUGUUUCCCUUAAUUUUGGGAAGGAAGUUAAUUGCUGGGAGUGCCAUUGGAGGAAUGAAAGAGACUCAAGAAAUGUUAGAUUUUGCAUCAAAGCAUAACAUAACACCAGAUGUUGAAGUCGUCGCGAUGGACUACGUGAAUACUGCGAUGGAGCGUCUUCUGAAAUCGGAUGUGAAGUAUCGAUUCGUGCUAGAUGUGGGCAAAAAAUCGAACUCUGCUUAAGCUAGAACCAUUUUGGUUCUUGAAAAUCACUGCUGAUUUUCUUGCUCCUGUGUGUUUCUAAAAGUCUUGUUUUAUCUUGUUUUAAUAUGUUUGUGUCUUGCUUAGUUUGUAGCUAUUCAAACUUGAAAGACAAAAAGUUUCUGGUUUGUCUUUGUCAAGAAUGACCACUCUGUAUUUUACAUAUGGCUAUGCUAUUUCUGUCAAUUUUCUGCUGAA